CCGCCCCCCGCAGCCGAGAGGUGGAGUUCUAGGGUAGCCGAACGGGCGUGGCCCCGACGUCCCGGAGUCCGGCCCGCCCAUUUUACACAUGGGGAAUACUGAGUCCGAGCGAGACUCAGGCGCUGCUCGUACGUCACCCCGCGGGCCCUUGGCUGUGUGCGCUUCUGGUCCCCCCGAGCCUGACCUUCGGGCACCGUGCGUCAGGAACGUCCCGGUCCCAGAGCGAAGCGGCAAUCUCGGCAUCGAGCAGAUACGGGGCCAUGGCGGCCUUCGGGGCCCGGGUGGAGCCGCCGCCUCCUCCUCCUCAGCCUCUGCAGCUGCCUCUGCAGCCGCCGCAGCCGUGGGCGGCGUCGGGCCCGCGUUUCCGCUGGUACCGCUACCAGGAGGCGGCCGGGCCGCGGCAGGCGCUGCGGAGGCUCCGUGAGCUGUGCCGCCAGUGGCUGCGGCCCGAGCGCCACAGCAAGGAGCAGAUCCUGGAGCUGCUGGUGCUCGAGCAGUUUCUGACCAUCCUGCCGGCCGACGUGCAGGCCUGGGUGCGAGGCCGCAGCCCACGCUCCGGGGACGAGGCGGCCGCCGGCGUGGAGCUGCUGCUGCGGCUGAGGCUGCAGCAGGAGCAAGGGGCUGAGCCGCAGGUACCAGGCUUUGCCCAGCAACCAGAAGUGUUGUCAGAAGAGAAAGCAACAGAGAUGGCAAUCCUGGGAGCAGUGCCAGAAUCAUCGACUUUGCCUCCAAUCAGUGAUUCCUCAAGAACAAAGUCUGAAUCACUUCAGCAUGGAACCCUAGUCUCCCUCCAGGAUCCCCAACAAGAUCAUGAAACCAGGAAUGUGACUGAGGAGUUAAUUCUAAAGCAGGAAAUUUCUGAAGAAGUGGAGUCUCAGUGGAUGGUUUCAGAAAGAUCCACAGAGGAAGUUCCCCAGGGACCUAUGUUUGGAGAAGUCCUUGAACAGGAGGUCAGGUUAGAGAGGCAUCUAGGAAAACCUGGGGAGGAAAGCCUGAACAGACCCCUUUCUUUGGAAAGGGGUUUCAGACCAGUGACAGCAAUUCAUCAGACAGCCUCUAUAGGGGAACAAAAUCAAGAAUUUGAUGAAUUUGAGAGAAGCUUCAGUCUUAGUUCAAACCAUAUUACAAAUCAGAGAUUUCCUAUUGAAGAGGAUGCUCAUUGUGAUACGUGUGGUGAAAUCUUUCAAGAAACCUCAGAGCUCAUUGAACAUGAGAAAAUUCACAUCGGAGAGAAACCUUAUAAAUGUGAUGAUUGUGGAAAGGCCUUUGGUCGAAGCUCACAUCUUAUUCAGCACCAGAGAAUUCACACUGGAGAGAAACCCUAUGAAUGUAAUGAAUGUGGGAAAGCCUUCAAUCAAAGUUCACACCUUGUCAGACACCAGAAAAUUCACACAGGAGAGAAGCCCUAUGUAUGUACUGAGUGUUGGAAAGCCUUUAGUCGGAACUCAGUCCUUAUCAGACAUCAGAAAAUUCACACUGGAGAGAAACCUUAUGAAUGUAAUGAAUGUGGGAAAAACUUCAGCCAGAGUUCUGGCCUUAGGAAACAUCAGAGAAUUCAUACUGGGGAGAAACCCUAUGAAUGUAGUGAAUGUGGGAAAGGUUUCAGGCUGAUCUCGACCCUCAUUCAACAUCAGAGAAUCCACACUGGAGAGAAGCCCUUUGAAUGUGAGGAAUGUGGGAAAGCCUUUCUGCGGAGCUCAGGGCUUGUUGAACACCAGAGGAGUCAUUCUAGGCAGUGAGCAUCCACCCAGCAUAUAGCACCUUCCUUUAUGAACAAGGCAGGCAGCAUUGGCUCAAACUGAUUCUUCAUCUUGGAUAACUCCAAAACAUAAAUUAAUUUCAGUUGUGUCCUUUUUGCCCAACAAAGAACUAUGUCAGUCUCUCUGAAUAUGAGUGUCUUACUUACCUUAUAAGAUCUAAUGCAAAAAAAGAAGCUGGGGAUUAAGGGUGUCCUAAAAGGAUACUCCCUUAUUGAAUGGAGGGAGGUUACAAAAGUACUAUCUUGAGUACAAGGAGGAAAGUGGACUCAGGUGUGGCUCUUGAAACAAAAAGAUACUAUGGUAACAGAGUCAAGAGAACUGAGAGAUGAAAUUCCUAUGACAUUCCAGUGAACCCAGAGGAAAUCUGUUUAACGAUGCUUGUAACUUUCCCCUCAUUUGUUCUUUUCAUUGACCUCCAUCUCCCAAGCAUCCAAUCCAUCUUCCUAUAAAGAGCAGCAAAAACCUUAACAAACCCCGUGAUACCUACAUAUUCUUGCCUCAGGACCAGGGGGUGCAGAGAUAACUGGGAAACUGAGUUCUUUGUUUUUGAAGGAACCUGGGUUUAGUAGUGGCACCUAGGAAAGAAGAAAGGGGUUAUUAGGAAGCCAAUCUAAAACCAAGAAGUGCCUCUGAGUUUUACCCUAGCAGAAGGCCCCAAAUCCUAGUGGGAGGGAUACCUGAAAAUAGCAUGCCUCAUUCCAGUUCUGCUGUGUCUGGCACUUGAAUGCCUCUUCAAGAUUCAGAUGACCCAGGUGUGACCUAGAUUUUCUCAUAAAUCUGAUCUCAUAUCUAUGGAAAGAGCUAGGACCUCUUCAUCUCUGUCCCUCUCUUCGGGGGACAGAAAUAUAGAAAUAGAAAGUUCACCUAAAAAGUCCUUUCCAAUUAUAAUCCUUGUUCCUAUUAUCUUCUGCCCACCAGGCUCUCUUACUUUUCCAACUUCUAGAAUGCAGUUUAUGGGGAUACAUAGUAGACAGAGUAGGAACUCCAUGUAAGACAGUGUAUAUAUGUAAUACCAAGAACACUGGAUCUGGAGUUAGAAAAUCUGGAUUAAAAUUCUGGCUGUUUUGCUCACUAUCUGUGACUCUGGGCAGUUCUCACAACUUCUUUGGGUCCCAAUUAACUCAUCUGUAAAACAGAGAGAAUGGAGACAGAGACAGAAAGAGACAGAGGGAGAGAGACAGAUAGAGGGGGGAAGAGAGAGAUAUGUGUAUGUGUGUGUCCAUCCAUGUGUGUCCUGAACAUUUUUCCAAGCUAAUGGAAAAUAGGUAAAGGACUUAUUUUACCAAACUGCAGAGGAAGGUGGGAGAAGGAGCCAGCAUGCCCUGGUCAGAAUUGGCCUGCUUUCAGGAGCUGAAGGAAGAUCCCUGUGUAAGACAUUAAUAGAAAAUGAAUGGAUAAUCAAGUUUGGGCAGGAAGGGUGAAAUGAAUAGCCAUAUGCAUCAAUCUCUUUACUGCCACUCUCUGAUUCCCUGCAAAUGUGACUGCCUUUCUCACUAGGAAAUUCAGGCAGCUCUUUCUAAAGUUACAAUAAUUUCUUUAAUUGUUAAAUGUGAUGGCCUUUUCUCAUUCUUCAUGGGCUUUCCCUUUUUUCAGUAUUAGACACUGUUAACCAUCCCCUUCUUCUGACUCUACUCUUGGCUCAGUUUGUUGUUCUCUCAAUGUUAUUCUGUCUGAUUUCCUAUUCUCCUUUGCUGAAUCAUCAUCCAUUUUUUGCCCCAAAUGUGGAUGUUCCUUAAUGCUUUGUCUUAGUACUUGGGUCAAUCUAGAAGCAUAUAUUGAGGACCUACUAUGUGCCAAGUACUCUGUUAAUUGUUAGGGAAUUGGGAGAUAAAAGUAAAACAAUUCUUGGUUUUGAGAAGUUUCCAAUCUAGCUGGGCUAGACUACAUGCAUAUAUAGAUAUUCUUAAAAUAUAUAUGUUAUUUGAGGGAAGAUACUGAUUGCUGGGGAGGAACAGAAAAGCUUCAACUUGAAGCACCAACUUUUUUUUUUGGGUGCUUGAGCUAAGUCCUGAAAGAAACUAGAAUGAUUCUAAAAGGUGGAGGUGAGCAGAACUAUAAUUCAGGUUUGGACAAUAGCCAGAAUAAAAACAGUGCCGUAGAGCUAUAAAGAAAAGCAACAAGGUUACUUCGGCUCCUGUUUAUCCUGUCUUUGAGACUACAUGGAAAGUUUAAGUAUCAUUGGCUCCCAAGUUUAUAUAUUCCAUCUUGAGAAUGCUCCUGAAUUCCAGUCUUGCAUUCAAUCCAAUUCAAAAAGCAUUUGUUGCCUGGCACUGAUAGAUGCAGAAGAUAAAAGAAUAAACAAGAUGGUCUCUGCUCUGAAGGAGCUUAUAUUCUACAUGGGAGAAAUCAGGAAAGGCUUCCUUUAGGAGUUGGCCUUUGAGCUGAGUUUGCAAGGGGGAUUUUUGAGGCAGAAGUGAGGAAUAAGGGCUUCCAGGCAAGAAGGGACAGCUUCGGCAAAGAGAUGGAGAAGAAAUAUGCUCAAACACUUGAAUAUGAGGAAUAACAGUGUGAAAUUGGUUCAUAAAGAUAGGUUGGGGCUAAGUUAUAAAGGUCAUUAAUUGCCAAGCAUAAGUAUUGCUUUAUCUUAAGAGGUGAAACUCACUACUGGAUUUUUCUGGAUUUUUCCACUGGAUGUCUAGUAAUCAUCUAAAAUUCAGAUUGAAAGCAGAAUUCAUAUUUCCUCAAAGAUCUAUCCAUCCUAAUUAUCCAAGUUUAUCACCUUGACUCUUCCUUUUCCAUAUUUGCCAACCUCUGCCCCAGUUAAUCAAAUCUAUUUUAUUUCUCUUGUGUCCCUCCUAUCAGUUCUCUUUUUUGAUUCAAAUUGCCAUCACCUUAGUUCAGAACCUAAUUACAUAUAAUGUGGACUAUUCUAAUAACCCAAUUUUCUGUUUACAAUUUCUCUUGUACACAGCAACCAAAACUUAUUAAAAUGGGUCUGAUUUUUUGUCUCUUCUCUCAUUAUGUUCAGGGGCGGAAAAAAUUUUCUCAGCCUAAUCUUUAAAACCCUUCAUAAUUAUUAAUAAAUAAUAACUUAUUGAUAGUUAUUUUAUAUUACUCUCCUCACAUGCUAGUUUCAACCAAACUGGCAUACCAGCUUUAUGUACUAAAUUUGACAUGCUAUCUCCUGUUUCUGUGCAUUCAUUCUAGACCCUGCCAAACAUUUCAAGGCUCAGCUCAGAUUUUAACCACACGCCACCUCUGAUCAAUCAGUGAUUAAUGGUGUUCCCUCAUAUUCCCUUAUUUUGACUGACUUAAGUACUUAAUGUUGAGAACAGGGUUGUCUCUAUCUCCUCAAUGCACAUACAUGCUUUAAAAAUGUUUGUUCUGCUGCCCACAAAAUCUUAGAAUUGACAAGAAUCCUCUAUGAUGGAUUUAUCUACAGGAGCCCUCUUUUAAUCCUUUUGCAACCUAGUAGGGUGGGCAUGAUACAACUAUUGAGCUCAGUUCAGUACAUAACAAGUGCAUAGAUAAGUAAUUCACAACCUUAUAUGAGAGCAUUAGAAAGAAGCAAGCAAAGUUGAUCUUAGAUGGAUUUUCUAGCGUAUCUUUUUGGACUGCAAAUAAGAUUUAUAUUCUAAUCUGGUCUGUGAUCCUGAUUUACUUGCAUGAGGUUAAGUCACAUCUUUUCUAUAAAAUGAGGUAUUAGAUUGGAUCCCUUUAAUUUUUGUAGCUUCUGAGAGCUUGCUCCCUCUGUUAUACUCUUUAUUUUCAAUCUCUCUUGAUUCUCUUUGCCACUGGCUGAUAACAUGCCAGAGUUUCCCACAUCCUUAAAAAUUUUUCACUUGAAUUGUAGCCAUAUUCAAGUGAAGAGAAUAUAUAAGCCAGAUUUUGCCUGAAAAAAUUUAUCUGACAUUGUUGCAUUCAGCAGAGGAAUAUUUGAUUUCUGUAAGAAAUCUUUUCUCCAUUUUUCACUUAGAAGCUUUCUGUGCACAUACCAAUGCCUUAGAAGAAUGUUAAAUUGUUAUGAUGUCAAAUAAUAAUGGGGAUUUUCUGUUUUAUUCUUCGAUGAGGGUAAUCUGAUAUCACAAUUAACUUGUGUAACUUGUUAGAGAUGUUGAUCCAGGAGAUGUGGGCACACAUGUCUUUAUUGGAUGAAAUAAUUUACUGUUACAAACAAUUUUGCAUUGAGUUUUCUCACUGGUCAUUGUAGGAAGGGGAAGUGAUUUUUGUGGAGUGGGAAGUGAUUUAAAUGUCAUUUCAAUAACUUUAUUGCAUUAAAAUAAUGUUGACAAAAGGAAAAAAAAAUCUUCACUUAUCCCUACCAUCUUCUCAUGUUCCUAUCAGUAUUUUCCCCUUUAUAGCCAAAUUCCUCUGAAAGCAUUAUCUAUGCUUGCUGCCUCCAUUUUUCUCAUCUCCUACCCAUAUGUCAACUUCUAAUUAAAACCAAGGUUACUAAGAAUUAUUCUCAGUCCUAUGUAGCCCCUCAGCAACUUUUGACACUUUAGAAGACAUCAUCAUUCCUUUAUUCUUAUGAUGUUAUUCUUUCUUUUGGUUCUUCUAUCUGCCUAAUCAUUCUUUAAUCAGUUUUGGGUCAUCAUCCUUUCAACCACUAAAUGUGGGCAACCCCUAAAGCUUUGUCCUGGGUGGGCCGUUGUCUUUACACUUGUUUGGUUUUGAUAUUGGCUCUGUGCAAAUAGCACCAAAAUCUAUUUAGCCUUAAUCUGUUUUUAAAUCAUCUUCACUUAACUGCGGAUUUUCUUUUAAUGUCCUGUAGACAUUUCAAACCCAGCCAGGUUCAAAUAGAGCUCUUAUUUCUCUCCAAAUCCUUCCUUCCAAAUUUUAUAACCACAGGUUUAUCCAUGUUUUCCCUCUCUCACCUCUCAGAUUCAACCAGUUGUUAAGAUGUGUCACUUCUCAUUUCCACCCACUUGUUCUCUAUUUAGGCAGCUUCUAUCCUAUUUCAGGCUCCACUAGAUUAUUAAAAUAGCCUCCCAAUUAGAAUCUCCAUUUUUUCCUCACUCCAUCCUCCUCAUAGCUGUCUAGUUGAUAAUGGGGAGUUACAAAUCCACCAUCACAUUUGCCUGCUUAAGUUUCAAGGGCCUCACAUUACUACCACAAUAAAACAUAAAUUUGUGAUCCUGACGUCUAGGAUUAUCUUAUAUUGUUCUUUUCAUGUUUUUUAUUCAGGGCAAGCUAACCUACUACCUAUUCCCUGUAAGCAGUAUUCUGUCUCCCACCUCUGACCUUACAUAGGUGUUUUCUAUACAAGGUGGCUGAUGUACAUGUCCUUAGAAUCACCCAACUCGCUUUCAGAGCACAACUCGGUGCCAUUUUUUGCAUGUCUUUAUCCUGCCAAUUUUUAGUUCUUUUUCUUGAAAUUUUUUUUUGAAGCACACAGUGGUUUAAUGAAUGUUUAUUAAUAGAGGUGAAUCUUCUAGGUGCUUUCCUGUUCUACUAGGCUUUUAUGAAUAACCUCUCUCUGGUCAGAUCUCACAUAAUCCACACAUGCCUUCAUUCUGUACUUCCACUGCACCAGUCAAGGAAUCCUUUCCUCUAAGCCAUCUCUUCCUUAUGCUAAUUUAACUUCUCUCUUCAUGUAACAUCUCUCCUGAAUCCUCUAGCUCUCCUAAAUCUCCCAAAUAUUUAAUACCUUCUCUAAUUAAACUUGUUCAGUAACAGGCUAGUUCUCUGUCCAAACUUUUCUAGUUUCCCCCACCACUUUUUCUUACUUUUUAAAAAGAUAUCUUUUUAUUCGAACAGAAGUGAGUACAAGGGAUAAUGUAAAAAAUUACCCAGGCAUAUGUUCUUUCAAUAAAAAUUUAUAAUAAAAAAAUUGUAUCCUCUGGGUAAAAAAAAAGAUAUCUUUUUAUUUUCAAAAUAUAUGCAAAGAUAGUUUUCAAUAUUCUCCCUUGCAAAACUUUUAUGUUCCAAAAUUUUCUCCCUCUCUUUCCCUCCCUCCCUCCCCUAGAUAGCAAGUAACAUAAGUUAAACAUGUGCACUUCUAAAUAUAUUUCCAUUGUUAUCAUGAUGCACAAGAAAAAUCAGAUCAAAAAGGAAAAAAAUGCAAGCAAAUAACAACAACAAAAAAAGGUGAAAAAACUAUAUUGUGAUCCUCAUUCAGUCCCUAUGGUUCUCUUUCUAGAUGCAGAUGACUUUUUCUGUCACAAACCUGUUGGAAUUAGCCAGGCUAGUUUUCUAACUCCAAGAUGACCAACCACAUCUUUGAAGUUCCUUCAUGGUCCCCUAAAUAAUACUGCAGAAGUAAAGGCAGCUAUGUUUCCCACAAGCUUAGAAAAGCAGUUCUUCCUUUUUUUAUAUAUUCCUCACAGUUUUCUCUAUCACCAGACUGCAAUGUUGCAUAGGGAAAAGUAUAAAAAACUUCCUUAAGAUUUACUGGUGUAAGACUUUAUUCAGUUUCUCCAUUUUGUUUCUCAUACUGAUGAAGUCUGGAGAGCAGGGAAAGGUUUUUUGUUUUGUUUUGUAUUCCCUAGCCAGUCAACUAACAUUUAUUAAUCAUCUAUUAUGUGCUUGUAGUGUUUAAUAAUAUACUUUUUGAUAAUGUUCUUCUGAUGGCCUUGUGUUGCUAAAUUAGAAGAUAAUGCUUUCUGCACUCUACAAGAGUACACUUCUUUGUAAAGUAUUCUUCAGAAUGAUUUGGAGUCAAAAAACAUGUCCAUAAUCCUUUAAGAGUGGAUAUAAAGCCUCACCUCUCCUCCCUUACUCUUCUUGAGGGGGAAAAAAUAGUCUUUUUUUUUAUGUGCUCUGUGCCUUAUUCUAAGCACUCAAUGAUUCUCUCCACUGAUAAUGCUAGACUCAAGCUGCCAGCAGAUUUUAGCCCCUGAAUUCAGGUGGUGGAGAGUAAUUACAUAGUUUUCCCAUCAGGGAAAACCUGCUUGCACCAGAAAUUUGAAUGUCUAGGCUCCCAGAUGAAAAAACAUAAGCUCAAGGUCAGGCCCAAUAUAGCACAUUCUAUUUUCUAGUGAUUCUGUGUUCUACCAUAUUUUACAGUAGCACAUUCUACUGAUUCAUAGACAGUGGUUACUGUCUAUGCUGUCCAUAGUAGUUACUUCUACUGUUGCAUUUCACAAACUUCUUCCUAUCCUAGACCUCCAGGAUAUAUUGAAAGUACAUUCCAUAACUUCCCCAUACUACCAAUGUUAAGAUGCCAUUUUCAGGUGGCUUCUAGUUGUAUGGGAUCACUAUUUAGCUUGGUAAUACUUAGACUAGACUCAUUGAAGCAGGUUGGGGUCCCUUUAAGAAACUGUAUUUCCUACUGAUCUGUGAGUCCUUUCAGAGUCCCAGCCCCUCCUGGCUGAGAUAUAGCCUCCCUAGAUAAGUUGUCUUUCCAGGAUGCCAGAGCCUUUGAUUCAAUUACAAAUCUUGGUCAAAAAGCAUACCUUUGAAUUCCAAUAGGAGAUCCGGACUUGUCCCAGCCCCCACUGGUUCUGAUGUGCUCAGGCUUCCCAACUCCCACCAAGACACCCAAUAUAAUAAGCUUCCAUCAACUAAAGUCUUUGCAGAUGGACCUCAGUGGCUCGCUCAGCUGCCAGGACUUUUUGUCCACUGAGAACUGCAUUCUCAGUGCAAAACUCCAUUUUCCAUAGAUCUGCCACUAUAGAAGUCAGUCUCUGGGUAAACUGAUUUCUACCUAAUAAUAAACUUUCAUUUUGCAACUAACAUUCGGGAAUGAGUGAAUUCUUUCAUUCCUAAAACCUGUGGCCGAUUUAAAGGGGAUUCUUAAUAACUCUCUUAUAGCCAGCCACUAACCUCUAGACCACCGGGAACCUAGACCACUCUAAACCUCAUCACCAUUAAUAGUUCUCAAGUCCUUUGGAUCUUAUUUUUGCCUUCUCUGAUGUUGCAAAUUUGUCCAGCUGGAUAAGCAUAUCCAUUAGAUUUGUCUAGUCAUUAGAAACGGAGUGUCUUCCAAAAGUGAUUUUGGAAUAAAUCACUCAAUCCCUGCUUCCCAGUAUAUACUAAGACUCCCACACUCCUAACUCCUUACUGUUCUCAUAAGCCUAAAUAAAUUCCAGAAAUAGUCUCAUUCUUGUUUGAUGCUGGGUCAUAAUGAUACUGACAUUAAAAAAUGCAACAAUGUCAGAAACUGUCAGUUUCAAAAAAUGUUGGGCACUUAGAUGAUUAAUGAUAUUGUCUCCAAAAGGACAGGGUUUCCUACUUGCCCUAGAAAAUAUGUGGGAUAUGAUCCCUGAGUUUUGUACCAUGUGUGCUAAAGCAUUUUAGUUAUAUUUGUUGGAUCGAAUUGCUCCAAGAAUUUAGUGCUAAAUAUAUGGCACCGUCCUAUCCCUACUUCAGUGUUUUGUAUCACCAUCCCCACUUCUAGAGUAAUAAAUAGAGGUAGCUGUCGCCAUUGUGAUCUGGACAAUCUAAUCACUCAUGGUCAUGCUCCUGGGCCAUGAAGUGAUUUUGAUAAGCAGUUUAAGACCAAAUCUGAUUAUUAGUCUGUAAUCAUGCUCCUGUAUUAGUGCCCUUAAGUCAGCUCAGGAAAUCGAGGGCAACUGUGUAGCCCUUGUAGCCAUCUUUCCUCUAAGAAAACCACAAAACUAGGGAAUGGGUGAGGAGAGACAGUGGGAGUCACCAGAAACUUUUGUUGGCUCCUGGGAAAUAGGAGACAGCUACCUUAACCCACUUCCCACAAUAUAUGAUUCUGUUUUAUCCAAACCAAAAUCUGAAUUCUGCUAAUAUCCUUUUCCCCAUUUGUUUCCUAAACAGUUUUAUUUCUUGAAAAUUGUCCAAGGUUUGGGUGUUGCUUCAUUACUACUGUUACUCUAAGCUAUUUGCUAGAACUACAGCUGUGGCCAGGAAAGUCACAUGACCCAAGCUGCACAACCCAAGUUGACAAGCAGCUGUUGCCUACACCUGCUAUUAGGUCUCAUUUUCAACAUAUAAGGGUGGAAUAAUUCUUAGACUCAAAAUGUCAUCAAGAUCAAAUCAGUAACUAAUUUAUUUUUUCUGCGUGCCAACUAGUUGUUAGGAGAAUCAUCAUGAUGAAAAAAGUGUGACUUGUAUUACUGAAAUGAAAUAGAAUCGUGUACAUUGCCAAAAUAGGAACAAAAUGAACAGAAGUAGAGUCUGCCCCAUAACCCCCUACCAGAUGGGCUAUCUCCAACUUUGGGGUUUUUUUUGGUUGUUUUUUGUAAAUGCCAGUCCUUGUCUUAUGAAAACAAAAUUCAAUUGUCUCUGUGUGCUCUUAAAAAAGGGCAUCAUGGUGCAGAGGAAAGAGCACCUCAUUUGUAAUUAGAGGAUGGGUUCAAAUCUCAGCUUUAUUUAUUACUACUUGACAUUGAGCAUGCAAUCUUUAAUCUCUAAAUUUCAGUGUCCUCUUCUGUUAAACCGCAGGUGAAUGGAUUCAGCAGUUUUCUGAACUUUUUGACCCAAGCUCCCCUUUGCAUUCAUUAAUUACUGAGGACUUCUCCCAAAAGACUUCUUCUGUUUAUGUAGCUUAUAUUUAUCAAUAUUCAUCAUAUUAGAAAGUAAAACAGUAUUACUAUGAAAGUAAUUUUCACUCAGACAAUAAAAAUUUAUUGUCUGCUGUAUUCUAGGCACUAUGCUAAGCACUGGAAGUUCUUGAGGCCCUCUAGGCAUUGUUAGGCCAUAUUUUGAAAGCUACUUGAUAAAAUAAUACCUAUAAUCCCUUUCAACUCUAAACCCUAUGAUAGAUGACCUGGAGAAAAUGAGUACUACCAGACAAUUUGUAUUUGAUUAAUGAAAAGGACAGGGAGAAGAUAAUCCUCUCAGGAAAACAACAUCUAAGCAGUGGUAUAGAAAAUAGUGAAGGGCACAAAUAAAAACCUGUAAGAUUAAAAAAAAAAAGUUUUCUUGCUCAUUGGUACUUUUCAGAUCUGAAAUUUCAUCAGUAUGGGAACUCCAAUAAUACAAGUUAUAUCUACACCCCAUGCUGUAGUAUCCUGGUCUAUACCUUCCCAUAAAUUUCCUACCAUAAAUACUCUAUACUAUCCACUCAGUUUGCUGCCUCUAGCUCUCUUAACCUUAUAUAGGAGUUCUAAAUUCUACCCCUACUGACCUCCAGAUCACUCCCAUUAAAUCCUUCCUGGUAAUUAAAAAAAAAAUUCAAGGAAAGAAAAUUUAUACAAUAGCUACAUGUUAUAUACCAUAUCUAUAACCACUGCUUCUCUUUCAAAAGGAGGAAGGGUGUGUUUCCUCUUUCAGUUUUCCAGGACACUAUUGUUCUAACAAUAUCUUUUACACCAACAAUGGCAUUCAUUUUUUUAAUUGGUAAUGUGCUAUAUAUUACUUAUGUUGAUCAUAUCUUUCUUAAUUUUUGGGUGGCCUGCAACUUUUGAUUCUUUGGAGACCAGUAUUCCUGUUUUACAGCAAUUUAAUAUCACUAGAAGAAUAUUAGUGUUUUAAAAAAAGGAGGGGCAUUUGUUUCAAAAAGUUUGUGGUUAUUAAAUAUAUUGCUCAACUUGCCAAAUAUAAUCUAGCCUACUCUCUUCCCUCUUAAGUUCUUGGUGCAGUUCAUUGUCCAUGCACAUUUUUAAUCCAAGAUUUUGUACUAAUAGACCAUCUUUAUAUAUUAACUAUCUAGCUACAUAUCAUUUUCUAGAUUUUUCUCCCAUUUUGUUUUUCUUGUGUGGAUAGUGUAGGCAAACUCUUGAAUUAUUAUGAGGACCUCAUUUAGGAGGCUCUGCAAUAUUUUAGUGUUUUAAAUGAUCUACACAGUAUUAUCUGCAAAGAGGAUGAUAUAGAGAAUAUUACUACCUAUUGAUAAACCCUCUUUCAUGUCAAAAGAGGGGUUUGUGCCAGGCACUCUUUUAAGUGCAUCGAACACAAAGAAAGACAAAAUAGUCCCUGUUUAUAUUCUGGUGGGGAGACAACAUGCAAACAACUAUAUACAUACAAGCUAUUGAGAGGAUAAAUUUGAGGCAAUCUCAAAGAAAACUAGUCCCAGAGGGAGAUUGGGAAAGUCUUGCAGUUUUAGGAUUUAAGCUGGGUCUUAAAAGAAGUCAGGAGAUAGAAAUGAGAAGGGAGAAUAUUCCAGGCAUGGGAGAUAAUCAGUGAAAAGGCACAGUUGGGAGAUGGAGUGGCUUGUGUAAGGAAUAGGAAGGCCAGUGUUAACUGGAUUUAAAGUCAGAUUAUAAAAGGCUUUAAAAGCCCAAACAGGAUUUUAUAUUUGUUCUGGAAGGUACAAGAAAGCAGCUGGAAUUUAUUUCAUAGGGCAGUAGCAUGGUCAGAUCUAUUCUUUAGGAUGAAUACUUUGGUAGCUGAGUAGAAGAUGAACUUGAAUGGAAAGAGCCUUGGGCCAGGAAGACCAGCCAGGAGACUAUUACAAUUGUCUAAAAAUGAGGUGAUAAAAGCCUGUACCUGGGAAAUAGCUGUGUUGGAAGAGAGAAAGGUACAUAUAAUUAUCUCUUUCAUAUUUCUAGGACUAGGGUUACACUACCUCCACGAUCUGAAAAAUCCACAUAACAUUUUUUUGCUUUCCCUUCAUAGCAGAGAAGAAGUUUGAAUAUUUUCUUUUUAUUUUAUGGGAUGCUUAUAGUAUAUUAUAAUAAAAUCUGGGUUAGCUAUUUGAGCAUAGGCUCUGUGUCAUCUGCUGGCCUUUGUAUGUUGGUCAUGGCUUCUACAAAAUUGUCAAACAAUUCCCAUUUAAUUUCUUAUGCCAAAACUGCAGUAGGAAAUAUCACAAUGUGUAAGGGAUAACUGUAUAUGAGAAAUAUGAAAGUAGAAAUGUCAAGACUGGCAAUAGAUUGGACAUGUAAGAUGAGUGAAGAACUGAGGGUGACAAUGAGGUUGUGAGUUUGGAUGUCCUGGACAGUUAUAGAGAAGUGACUUGAUUUGUUGACAUGCACAGGAGGCACCUUAUUGGAGGAGACUCUUUGAAAUAGCAUUUUGUCCUAUGAAAUAAAAUAAUGUUAUAUAGUUAACACAACAUAAUGGGAUUUUAUAUUCUCUAUACUAUAUGGUUGUGUAACUACUGUAGAGUGCCAUUUUAUAAUUGCUUGUCUAUUGCCUUCUUACUUUUCAUUGAAUAUGCCUUUGAUAUGUCUGUAAAUUAUUCUUACAAAGAUUUUAAGAUUUAUAUUUAUUUGUCAUUUUUGGUAGUAAUAUCCAUAUUUAUGAUAUGGUCAAUUAAAUUUUUUUGUGAUAUUUGAUGCUUGCUAGGUCCAGCAACUCUUGGAUACUUCUCAAAGAAAGUAUUCAUGAAACAUAAAUGUGAAGCUUGUAUGUGCUCUGUAAACCUCUUUCAUUUCAUAAUUUUGAGCCACAUUUUCUGAUGUAUUUUGAUGUUCUCUGUUGUUUCUGCCUUUGUAUUGAAGUCAUUGAAUAUUAAAAGCAUAUAUUGAUUUAA